AUGUCGGCUCCUCCAUCAAAUCCGCCGCCAAUCCCAGCGCGCCCAGCCCAAAGUAUGAUGCCAUCUACGGCAUUCGGCUCUCCAUAUAACAUGGGAAUGGAUUAUGGCUACAACAACAGUUAUAUGGGCAAUUCGUUUGGCUCUCCAUACGGAAUGGGCUACGGUGGUGGAUACAAUAACAUGUACGGAAACUCAGUGUAAGGAAUGAAAUCCACUUUUUUACCUUAUUCAUAAUAGAUAUGUUUUAUAUACACAGUUUUUAAAUAUUUGAAAUGAUUUUUAACUUUUAGGUACCCAUCCUACAACAAUGGAAUGUACGGUCCUUCUCCCGAAAGCAACUUCAUCAGAGUCGCAGAAGGUAAUCUUACAACAAUCCUACAAACUUGUAAAUAAUGUAAACACGUUACCAUACAAAUCUUACUUUACUGGUUUUAGAAUCGUCCAGAAAUGCAUUCCAAUCAAUAGAAUCUGUAGUUGGAGCAGUUACAUCCGUAGCCAACAUGUUGAACUCGACACACAAUGCCGUAUUCAGUUCGUUUAGAGCUGUCAUUGGUGUAGUUGAACAGUUCGGAGGUAUGAAACGACAGGUAAGACUAAGUAUAACAUCACAAUUUACGCAAAAAUAUUUUUAUCAAUGUUUAAGUUCGUAACCAAUAAAAAAUAGUAUGAAAAUAAAAAUAACCGCUAACAAAUACCCAUUCAGCUAGCCGCCGUAGUUUCGGUAACAUUAUUCAGAUGGAUCCGAAUAAUCUGGAGAAAGCUGCUAGUCUUCCUUAAAUUGAAACCAGCCAACUACGCAUCUGUAGACUCGAUCUGGACUGACAUCCAAUCAGAACGUAAGCCGAACUCAAGUUUUAUUCAUUCUUUAGCAUCUCAAUCCAUCGGAAUCAGCUGGCCCGCCAUCUUAUUCUGGCUGGUAGCCCUUGGUGGACCCUAUCUGAUCUACAGGUGUGUCUCUCAGAUGGUGAAGACACUAGAAGAAAAGCAGAAAUGGGCUACAGGAACAGCUGAACAUUACACAGCAGAAGCCUUGUAUGACUUUGCUCCUCAAUCACAGCAAGAGUUGGGCUUCCAGAAGGGAGAUCACUUGAGAAUCGCCCCCAAAAGUGAACAACCCAGAAUCAGCCAGUGGAUUCUGGCUGCAUCAGAAGACGGCCAAAGAAUCGGGCUAGUCCCCAUCAACUAUGUUAAGGUUACUCAAAAACCCACAAACACUCCUCCUCGCAGUAUCUCUCCCCAACUCCCAAAUAACUCUGGUGUUCCCUCUAUGUCCUCUACACAACCUCCAGAAUAUACUCUCAAGCAAGCAUACGAAGGCGUCUUCAACGAUCAGCGAAAUUUUUAA